AUGACGGCGCCCCUGCCGCUGGUGGUGCCGUGCGACGCCCGUCGGUCGCUUCCCCGCACGUUUCUUUCGGCCGAUGUCAUCCCGCGCGCGUCCCACGACGCCGGCGGCGCGGACUUGGGCCGGGCGCCCUUCGUUUACGCCAUAGCCCGGAUGGUGGCCAAGUCGCACGACGAUGGUGAGCCCUUGGAGGAGGGCUACUACGGCAACCUGACGCCUGAGCAAGAAAAAGCGCUCAAGGACGUAUGGGCGAUGCUUCUUGACAUUUGGAGCCGGAAUGUCGAGCGUUCUGACGAGCUCGCGCGACUUGGCGGCCCGCAGAAGGCUCACACGGGCCAGGAGCUGGGCGAUGUCUCGCACAAGAAGUCUGGCGCCGGGAAGCAGAAAGAGGCAGCGCACGAGCAUGACUGUCGCUUCAUUACGACGGCCGUCGAGAAAUACGGCGGCAGGUACCUGGCCUACAUGUUUUGGCGCACGGUGAUGAUGGAUCCGCCGGACCACUUUGUCCUUCGAUUCUUGCGUGCGCGCAACUUCCACACGAGCGAGGCAGUGGACAUGCUCAUAGGAGCAUUAAUGUUCCGCCUCGACAUCAACCUGGAGGACAUUCUGCUGCAGGGCGAGUACGGCUUCAGGAACGAGCGCGGAUUCCUGGACCAGUACCGCCGGGGCAUCUCGUACAUUCAGGGAAGCACAGAGAAGAAUGAGCUGCCCAUCUACUUUAUCCAUGUUGGGCGCCACUAUACCCAUGAGCAGAACAUGGACGCACUGCAAAAGUUUAUUGUGCUCUCCAUGGAAAACUCGCGCUUGCUGUGCUCGCCGCCCGUGGAAAAGAUCAUCAUCCUGUUUGAUCUACGCGGAUUUGGGCUCAAGAAUGCGGACUGGCAGGCGAUGUCGUUCAUUCUCAAGUGCAUGGAGGCCUAUUAUCCCGAGUCGAUUCGUCGCAUCUACAUUCACUCGGCGCCAUGGAUCUUCAAGGGGAUCUGGUCCGCGAUUCAGCCCCUGCUGAACGAGGACGUGCAUGCCAAGAUCAAGUUCAGCUCGUCGGCGAAGGACCUGACCGACUUCAUUCCCAUGUCGCGGAUCCCCGUCGACAUGGGCGGCACCAUGGACUGGACGUGGCAGUAUGCGGAGCCAGAAGAGGGCGAGAAUGACAUUCACAAAGACACGCAGACGCGUGAUGCCGUGCAGAAGGAGUGGGACGAACUGCAGCAGCAGUUCCUCGACGCGACGCAGCAGUGGAUCCGUGGCGACGCCGAUGCCGACGCGCGUCACGUCCUGGUGAAGCAGCUCCGCCUCAAGUACUACCAAAUUGCGCCGUACGUCCGCGCCAGGAAUGUGUACCAGCGCAAAGGCAUCGUGCGGGACGAUUUCCUCGUGCACUGGGACUAUCCGCAGAAGGACAGCUCUCUGCUGACGCAGGACGUGAAUGAGGCCGAUUGUGCGACGCAGCUCGUGUCGUGGCUGCGUGAGCAGGGACACGACACGCUCGAGUCGUCCGUCGGCGGCUCGCAUACGCCGUGUGCGUCCUGCGUAGCCACAAACAUGGCAUCGCGCGAUGCGGCGGCGGACGAGCGUGACGCGCCCGAGGAGCAGCAGCGCUCUCCUGGCGCGCACGAGCAGGACGCGGCAGAGCAGGAUGCGACGGACACGCCGGACGAGGACGACGAGGGCGACGACGAUAGCGACGGCGACGACGAUGCUGCCGUGCAUGCACAGGACUUUGACAUGGACGACGAAGAGUGCACGAUGUGGCAGGACGCAGAGGAGUUCAGCGAGACGGACGUGUCGCCCGAGUUUGCCCACGUCAAGGUGAGUCGCAGGCGCAGUAUGCAGAACGAUGCCGAGCUCCACGCCGACAUGGAGCGGACUCGCGAAGCCAUCCAGCUGUUUCUCAACUCGCAGGUGCGCGAGGCGGAGGAGCUGUGCGUCGACGGCGCCGAUCACCGCCUGUACCUGUCGGCCGGCAUGUCGCUCCUCAACUCGGUCAAGUGCCUCAUGACGUUUGAGCCGGACGACAUGCAGAUGGCCAUCAAGAGCUGCAAGCACACCAUCCGCAUCGCGCGUGUCCUGCGCGCCAAGCGCCGCAAGCUGCCCAAGAUCAUGCCUGGCAAGUCCCAGCCGCCGCUGCCCGCGACGUUGCUCGAGCAGCAUGCCGAGCUCGUGUACGCCGAGUCGCUGCUGUGCAAGUCGAUCGUCGGCAUCGUGUACGCCGGCGACACGAUCGGCCUCAUCCGCGAGGCGAUGAGUCUGCGCAAAGCGUACCAGUACUUCCGCGCGCUCCUGCGCGCCAUGGAGCAGGCCGAGGACGCGAAGGACGCCAGCCGCGGCCACAGCGACGCACCGCCCGUCGACGAGGACUUGCGCUCGGGCGUGUGCUUUGGCAUGGGCGGCUGCAUGCUCGUGCUCUCGCUGCUCGAGCCGCGCCUGCUCAAGUUCAUGGAAGGCGUCGGCUUCGAGGCGGACCGGUCGAAGGCGCUCGAGUUCUUCGAGCGCGCCGGUGGCUGGUCGCGUGUGCACCACGAGCCGGGCUUGUCCGCGGCGCAGGAGGGCCUGCGUCGGCCGCUGUGCGAUCUCGCGAUCCUCGUGUACCACCUGAGCGUGCCGACGAUGAUGCCCGUGCCGGACGUCGACGUGCGCCUCGCGGACCAUGUGCUGUCGUGGAAUCGGAAGCGCUUCCCCCACGGCAUCUCGUACCUCUUCUUCUCGUCGCUGCUGUACGCGUGCCAGGCGCUGCCGGACAAGGCCGUGCACUCCUUCCGCCUCGCGAUCGACGCGCAGAACGAGUACCGCCAGUUCCACCACCUGGUCUUCUGGCGCCUCGCCCUCACGUACCUCGGCACGUGUGACUACACGCCGGCGUACGAGUGCUUCGAUCUCCUCUCGCACGAGUUCCACUGGUCCCAGUGCGUGUACCAGUACGCCAAGGCCGCCGUCCUGUUCGAGCAGUCGUCCGAGCACCACAUGCAGGCCGAGACGAUCAUGCGCACCGUCCCGGGCCUCGUGCGCAAGAUGGCCGGGCGCCACAUGCCGUUCGAGCACUUUGUCGUGCGCAAGGCGGAAAAGUUUGUCAGCCCGCCGCCCUUCGGCCUGCCGGCGAUGGAGUUCGCCUACCUGUGGCACUGCCUCGCUCAGACGCCCGUCUACCUGCUCGUCGAGGAGCAUCUCGAGCGCAUCGACCAUGUGCUCCGCCAUCUCGGCCAGUACGAGUCGCCCGCCGCCUUCCCCGGCGGCGCUCAGGCCUUCUACAGCCAGCACUGCCUCGCUCACUUCCUGCGCGGCGUCGUGCUCCGGUACGCUGCGUUCCCGAAGAAGUACACGGUCGUGCAGACGCCCCGGCACGAGCACCUCCCCGUCGCGCAGAUGGCCUCCGACGCCGCCCACGCGCUGCACACCGUGUGUGCCGACGGCCAGCACCUCGACGCCGUCGACCGCUACCUCGUGUACUUUGCGCACUACGAGCUCGGCAAGCUGUACACCGCGCAGGGCGAGUUCGCCAAGGCUCGCUGCGAAUUCGAGCUCAUCCAGUCCCGCAAGCCGCUCGUGCCGCAGGACAGUCCCAUCCCGCUCAAGAGCGGCAAGGCAUCGUACCUCUUGAGCCACAUGUGCCAGAUGCGCGCCAACUUUGCCAUGUCGUCCAUGCCCCGCCACGCCGCGCCGCCGCCACACAGACCGCCGCACGGCCCGCCCAAAGCCACGUCCUCACGCCCCCCAAGCGAGGCAUCGCGAGCCGCGCCGAGCAGCGCGACGGCGCGGACGCCCGUGCCGACGACCCACUACAACGACAUCCCCGAGACACUGACGCGCACGUCAGCGGACCGCCGCCGCGAUCUAGGCCGCCGCGCGCGUCAAAGUCGGCUCCUCUCAUAG